AGGGGUGGGGCUGAACCCCAGCUCUAAAGGCGGCCCACGGGUGCCUGUCCGCAGCGUGCACAGCCCAGGAGUGUUGAGCAAUUUCGGUUUCCUCUGAGGUUAAAGGACCCAGGCGUGUCAGCCCUGCUCCAGACACCUUGGGCAUGGAGGAGAGUGUCGUACGGCCCUCAGUGUUUGUGGUGGAUGGACAGACCGACAUCCCAUUCACAAGGCUGGGACGAAGCCGCCAGAGACAGUCGUGCAGUGUGGCCCGGGUGGGUCUGGGUCUCUUGCUGUUGCUGAUGGGGGCCGGGCUGGCCGUCCAAGGCUGGUUCCUCCUGCAGCUGCACUGGCGUCUAGGAGAGAUGGUCACCCGUCUGCCCGACGGACAUGCAGGCUCCUGGGAGCAGCUGAUACAAGAACGAAGGUCUCACCAGGUCAACCCAGCAGCGCAUCUCACAGGGGCCAACUCCAGCUUGACGGGCAGAGGGGGGCCACUGCUAUGGGAGACACAGCUGGGCCUGGCCUUCCUGAGGGGCCUCAGCUACCACGAUGGGGCCCUUGUGGCCACCGAGGCUGGCUACUACUACAUGUACUCCAAGGUGCAGCUGGGCGGUGUGGGCUGCCCGCUGGGCCCGGCCAGCACCAUCACCCACGGCCUCUACAAGCGCACGCCGCGCUACCCCGAGGAGCUGGAGCUGUUGGUCAGCCAGCAGUCACCCUGCAGACAGGCCACCGGCAUCUCCCGCGUCUGGUGGGACAGCAGCUUCCUGGGUGGUGUGGUGCACCUGGAGGCUGGGGAGGGGGUGGUCGUCCGUGUGCUGGAUGAGCGCCUGGUUCGACUGCGUGACGGCACCCGGUCUUACUUUGGGGCUUUCAUGGUGUGAAGGAAGGAGCGUGGUGCAUUGGACAUGGGUCUGACACGUGGAGAACUGAGGGUGCCUCAGGGGAAAGAAAACUCAUGAAGCAGAGGCGGGGUGCGGUGGCUCACGCCUGUAAUCCCAGCACUUUGGGAGGCUGAGGCAAGUGGAUCACCUGAGGUCAGGAGUUCGAGACCAGCCUGGCCAACAUGGCAAAACCCCAUCUCUACUAAAGAUACAAAAAUUAGCCAGACGUGGUGGUGCCUGCCUGUAAUCCCAGCUACUCAGGAGGCUGAGGCAGGAGAAUUUUGCUUGAACCCGGGAGGCGGAGGUUGCAGUGAGCCAAGAUCACACCACUGCACUCCAACCUGGGAAAUGGAGUGAGACUUUGCCUCAAAAAAAAAAAAAAAAAAAAAAAGAAAGGAAGAAAGAAGAAAACUCAGGAAACAAAUCUUGGAGGACAUGCCAGGGAACCCAAAACUCAAAGGCGAAGAGCUCAGUGGGCACCACCAGGGACCAAGAACUCAGCCAUCUCGAGGGGCUGAAGCCCCGCAGGCACCUUCAGAAGACCCACGUAGACUGCAGACCCUGCCACGGACAAUACUAAGGACAAAAACCCAGAGACUUGGGGUCUGUGGGCCCCCAAACAUUGGGUAAAGUUGAUUUGCCUGAUAUUCAGGAAGAAGGGGUGAGGGGUGGGUAUUUAUGCUUUUGAUUCAGAAGAAAGUGGGACUUGGGAUUCCAGGGACUUGGCUGGGGAUGGGAAACUUCCUCCACUUCCCUACUCUCAUUAUGAGUACGGACAGGGUGGGCGGGAGACUGAUCAUCAGGACUCCUCAUGAAAAGCCCAGCCCCACCCCACCUACAGUCAGAGUCACAUACUCAGAUCCCACCCACAGACUGGUGGCCACACCUCAGCCUGGUCACAGUUAACACUCAUAUACAUGAGCACAGCAGUGUGCUCGUAACUGUUUAACAACUAGCUGUCCUGGGAGGGGGACAGCUUUGUAAUGUUUGCCAGUUUCCAUGGGGUAAAUGCUACCACCAUGGCUGAUUUCAUCACUGCCAAGCAUAGACAUCCCUAACAGGACACCACAGAUCUGUCCCCGGCAUCCAGCCCAGGGCCUGGCACAAAGCAGGCUCUAGGGAAAUGCUUGCUGAUCGAAAGGAAGGAAGAAAGAAUGACUAUACAGUCACACCUAUGGCAUCCCACAGAAUCUGUCACAUGGCUGCAUAAUCUCAGCCACUCUUUCACAACUGUAGACUCAUACACGCAAAGUGCCAGAUUCAUGCACAACCACACAAUCACGUGGAAGUCAUAGACGGCAUCACAGACAGUCGCAGCACUGUGUGUAUGUUAUAACACAACCACACAAAACUCAGCAUCCCAGCUACACAGCCACCCCCAGAGGUGUCACCGUCACACUUGGUAAUUAAUACUCAUUACAUCAGACACAGACAGACCAAGUUAUAGUCAGACCUGGUUACACACACAUACGCACACACAACAUCACAAUGACAAACACACAACAUUACACACACAACAUCACAAUGACAAACACAUAUUACACACACAACAUCACGAUGACAAACACAUCACACACACAUCACAAUGACAAACACACAUUACACACACACAACAUCACAAUGACACACAUUACACACACAUCACAAUGACACACAUUACACACACACAACAUCACAAUGACAAACACAUCACACACACAUCACAAUGACAAACACACAUUACACACACAACAUCACAAUGACACACAUUACACACACAACAUCACAAUGACACACAUUACACACACACACAUCACAAUGACAAACACAUCACACACACAUCACAAUGACAAACACACAUUACACACACAACAUCACAAUGACAACCACACAUCACACACACACAUCACAAUGACAAACACAUCACACACACAUCACAAUGACAAACACAUCACACACGCAUCACAAUGACAAACACACAUUACACACACAUCACAAUGACAAACACACAACAUUACACACAUAUACAUACAGCCUGAGGGCCCUCCCUAGCCCAGACUAACACAUCUUGGGGUGAGGACCAGACCUUGUUCAUGACCCUGGGCCUCUUAACCACCGAUCUUUGAAAUAAAUGGCAAAUAGUUGUACCUGGAUCUGUCUAGUUCUUAGGGGAAGAAACCGAAGAAGGGUGGAGAGGAAUUGUCAGGCCUAAAGAGCCCCACAGGGAAAGGGAGGAGUCGGAUGGGGGGCAACCAUCCGCAACAAGUCAUGGCUCCUAGAGGCAGAGGGAUGGAGGUAAUGACCCAUGGAGGUCAUUUUACAGAUGAGGAACCUGGUCCCAGUUGGCUCAAGUCCAUGCAGGGAAUGUGGGGGAAACCAGAGACCUCACGUCUGGAUCUGGCUUCCUCUCCAAUCCACAAUUCCUGAGGAAGUAGAGGCUACAUCCCGCAAGACGCCCUUAUUAGACACAUCCAGGACAGAGUGACAAUCCGCCAAGUCAGCUGGAAGCAUAAAACACAGGGAGCUGGUGGGUUGGGUGGCGGCAGAUAAUGAUAUGCAUACAAAUUAGAGGGUCUAUGCAAAUGAGCAUUGCUGCAGUGUGGCUGGAGGGAAUCCUUAGUUCCUAGGAUUCUAGGAUAUGGGUUUCCACCCCAGAGGUGAAUGUAUUGUUAUUAUUGUUUUGUUGUUGUCGUGAAUGACAAGUCAAAAUUUGUGGGUUAUUGUUGUUAUUGCCAAUGGUAUUCUUGUCAUUAUUGCACAGUACAGGGAUGAAGGAAACAGACUUUGUAAUCAGAUGAUCCUGGGUUCUGAGUCCACUCUGCCACUCACCAGCUAUAUGACCUCGAGCAAGUUCCGUUACCUCUCAAUGCUUCAGUUUCCCCAUCGGCAAAAUGGUUGUGUGGGGAGAGGAACAACAGUACAGAUUCACCAUCCCAAAUUCGAAAUGCUCCAAAUCUAGGCCGGGCGUGGUAGCUCAUGCCUGUAACCCCAGCACUUUGGGAGGUCAAAGUGGAUGGAUAACCUGAGGUCAGGAGUUCCAGACCAGCCUGGCCAACAUGGCGAAAUCCCGUCUCUACUAAAAAUACAAAAAGUUAGCUGGGUGUGGUGGGGGGCUCCUGUAACCCCAGCUACUCGGGAGGCUGAGGCAGGAACCCUGGAGGUUGAGGUUGCAGUGAGCUGAGAUCACACCAUUGCACUCCAGCCUGGGUGACAGAGCAAGACUCCCAUCUCAAAAAAAAAACAAAAAACAAAAAACAAAAAAAAUCUCCAAAAUCUGAAACUUUUUGAGCCCCAAGUGUGAUGCCACAAGUGGGAAAUUCCACAACUCAUCACAUGUGACAGAUUGCAGUGGAAAUGCAGGCACACACCACGAAGUUUACUCAGCAUCCUCAAAGGAAAUCCCCGUCAGCAGCUAUAUAUCAUUUUCUCACAUGCCAGAUAGGUAUCUCUCAUCUUCUACUGUUAAGUACUUAUGUGUGAAUAGGUGGAGGAAAAUGAUUGCUGGUUCGUAGCAUAUAAAUUCAGAGUCAGGAAUGAUGGUGAUGUUGGCCGGGUGCGGUGGCUCAUGCCUGUAAUCCCAAUGUCAUAUCCUACCUUGUUUUUAACCUGAUUGACUCUCCGUUAGCUGAGAGAGCCAGGCAGACUCCAUUUUGGCUCCUUCAUUUGCAGCCCCUUACCCAACCCCCUUCCUCAAGGACUUAAGCUGACUCCCAGCACAUCCAAGAAUGCAAUUACUGACAAGAUACCGUGGCAAGCUAUAUCCACGGUUCCCAGGAAUUCGUCCGGUUGAUAGUAUCCAAAACCCCCGCGUCUAUCACCUUGUGAUAGAUUUAAAGCCCCUGCACCUGGAACUGUUUGUUUUCCUGUCACCAUUUGUCUUUUUAAUUUUCUUGCCUGUUUUGCUUCUGUAAAAUUGCUUCAGCUAGGCUCCCUCCUCCCCUUCUAAACCAAGGCAUGAAAAGAAACCUAGCCCCUUCUUCGGGACUGAGAAAAUUUUGAGCGCCAGCCAUCUCUCAGUCGCCGGCUAAUAAAGGACUCCCGAAUUAGUCUAA